CAGAGUCUCAGGCUCUCCAGAAUUAGCUUUUCUCUGGAGCUCUCCUAGGCCACUCCCCCUGAAGCAACCACUGGGUUUGGGCAGAGAAGAGGUUGCUGCGGUGUCCACCCCUUCUGAGCUGUCUGGGCCUGGCUCCUGUUUCCGGAACAAUUCAUACUCCAUUGUGUCUCGGAGCUCAGCCCCAACAUCUGUGUUCUGAAGCAAGGAUGGCCGGGGUGGACAGGACACUUCAUCCCAGAAGGAAAGAACAUUCCAGGCCAAACUGAAUCCACCAAACACAGACCCUCAGGAUGGUUCUAGAAGAAAUCUCAACAAGUCUUAUCAUGUGGUUUUUCUAUGCCUUGAUCCCAUCUUUCCUCACAGAUGGAGUGGUCGUUCUGCCUGCCCCGCAGAAUCUCUCUGUACACUCAACCAACAUGAAGCAUCUCUUCAGGUGGAGCCCAGUGAUUGUGCCUGAAGAACCAAUAUACUAUUCUGUUGAGUACCAGGGGGAGUAUGAGAGCCUAUACAGGAGCCACGUCUGGAUCCCCAGCAGCUGGUGCUCACUCACCAAAGACCCCAAGUGCGAUGUCACUGAUGAUAUCACUGCCUCUGUGCUGUACAACCUCCGGGUCAGGGCCUCCCUGGGCUCACAGACCUCAGCCUGGAGCACCCUGAAGCAGCCCUUUAAUCGAAACUCAACCAUCCUCACCCCACCCUGGAUGGCGGUCACCAAGGAUGGCUUCCACCUGGUUAUUGAGUUGGAAGACUUGGGGCCCCAGUUUGAGUUCCGCGUGGCCUACUGGAGGAGUGAGCCUGGCACCAAGGAACAUAUCAAAGUGGUGAGGAGUAGAGGCAUUCCAGUGCACCUGGAAACCAUGGAGCCAGGGGCCACAUACUGUGUGAAGGCCCAGACAUUUGUGAAGAUCAUCGGGAGGCACAGUGCCUUCAACAAGGCAGAAUGUGUCGAGGUGCAAGGAGAGACCCUCCCCCUGGCGCUGGCCCUGUUUGCAUUUGUUGUCUUCAUGCUGAUCCUUGUGGUGGUGCCACUCUCCAUCUGGAAAAUGGGCCAGCUGCUCCGGUACUCUUGUUGCCCCGUGGUGGUCCUCCCUGACACCUUGAAAAUAACCAGUUCACCCCAGAAGUUAAUCAGCUGCAGAAGGGAAGAGGUGGACACCUGUGCCACGGCUGUGCUGCCUUCUGAGGAGCUCUUUAGGGUCUGGAUCUAGUGGGCUUAGGGAAGGGCCCAGUGGAAGCUGAGAACCUGGUCUGCAUGACACAGGAACCAUGAUGGGGAGGCUUCGUUUCUGUUAUCCUCCAGGGACAAAGGACAGAAGAAGCCAGAAGAGCCUGCUGUGUCCACGUCUAGAAGCAACUUCAGAGGCAGAGUGAUUUGGUGGACGAGCACUAGCUGGGGGUCAGGAGACGUGACCUCUAGACCUGGAUCUGCUCUUUACUAGCUGAGUGAACCUGGGAAAAGUAACUCUCUGCUCCUCAAUUUUCUCAAUUAAAAUGGAGAGAAAAUUAACUACAUAUCUGUUAAACUAGAUAUUAUAAAAACCCAGCACUUGCAGGGCUGUGGGUAAACUGGAGACACCAUACAUUAUAUAAUUGGUUCACCUUUUCUGGAGCACAAGAUACAAAUGGGUAACAAGAGCUAUUAAAGACCCUACACACUGGUUGGGUUGGAGAGCUCACUUUCCCAGAGGAAACCUGGAAAAGAAAUGGAAGUUGCAAUGGUGUUGAUUUCACUUCAAGCCAAAUACCUGUGCAGAGGUGAAUGGCUCAGUAAACUCUACAAUACAUGUCCUGGAGGGAGGCCACACCCCCACUGAAAAUGGGAUGUGCAUGAAUGUUGAAGAUACAAGAAAUUCUAGAAAGAGUAAAUAGUGUGUGCAUACUGUGGACAACAGGUAAAAUGUAUGUGUAUGAGAUGAAGAUACAGAAUGAU